ACACACCGAAGGUGGUUUCAGCCCGGACACAGCGAGGCAGCAAAGGAAAAGCCUCAUCAUCGGCCCUGAGCCAGCCCGAAACGCUCAGCCCGGAGAGACGCCAGGCCCUGGAGCGAUACCUGCGCCUGCGGAGUGCCGGCUGGAUCCAGGACCCCUCCGGCAAGUGGGUGAAGGACGAGAACGCCGAAUUCGACACCGACGAGGACGAGCCGCCUGCACUGCUGCUGGCCUGA